ACACAAAUACGGCCUGUGAGAACGAUAUAAUCCAUCCAGAAUAUGGUUUGUGAUUAAAAAGGGCAGUAAAUGAACGUGUGUAAUUUUCUUCAGCGUAUGCCUUUGACAUUUGUGUGACAAUUACUUACGGAGCUCUGCAAAUUGUGAAAGUCUGUGCCUGCUCGUGGAGAGCCUUAGAAACUUGUCACCUCUUAGAGUUACAAGCUGUUUUCCCAUAGGGAUCAUGCUGGAUGUGGGAUGAAACAGGCUGGAGAAAUCGAGAAGGAGACAUACAGGUUGCAGACAUGUGUCUACAAGAUGUACAUAUACCAUAGCUACUAUAUCACAACAUCUGGACAUCAUGCGGCCUUCAGAAGGUUAAGGUCAUCUCUAGGUCAAGGUCAACCACAGGUGUAGGUCAUAAGGGAUCAUCCAAUCAGAAGACAGCAGUGGUGUGGGUGAGGCUGCGGAGGCACCCCCUUGAGCUGGGAGAAGUAUGGUAGCAAUGUUCAGGAUUCGCUUUCCUCCUCGGCGCAUUGGUCUGCUGAUUCUGCUAGUGGGGUUCAUGUGGGGGGUGACCUUCCUGAAUGUGACAUAUAUGAACAACUACAGUGUCACACCUGAAAGUGAAAAACUCAAGAAUGAAAUUAUAAAUCUGAGUGAGCAGUACGUCAAGGCUUUAGCCCGGGAGAAUGGAGAAGUUGUGGAUGGGCCUUACGCCGGUCGUUUUACAGCAUACGAUCUGAAGCGCACAAUGGCUGUCCUUCUGGAAUCAAUUCUUCAGCGACUUCAUCAGUUAGAGUUCAAGGUCAAUGGUGUCAUAAAUGGGUCAAUCAGCGUAGGCAACACAAGUCAGCAACUGGCCACCAAGAAUCAAAAUAGCCAGCAUAAAAUGGAUGCAAAAGAUGUCAUCAUGGGGAAAGUAGAAAAGUGUGUCCUAACUCAGGAGGACAAACAGACUUUUCCAAAUUGUGAGGGGAAGCUAAUGUGGAUGCGCUACAUGUGGAAAUCAGACCCGUGCUACGCUCAGUUGGGAGUCGAUGGUACAGACUGCUCCUUCUUCAUGUACCUGAGUGAGGUAGAAGGAUGGUGUCCCAGAAAACCAUGGCAGGGAAAACGGGCGAAUGUUUCUCCUGAAGUCACGAAUUAUGCCAAACAUCGCUCAGAUCUUAAUGGCUUGAUGAAACUUCUUGUGGACCCGAACGAGCGCAAAGGUUACGCGUUCAUACGUCAGAGGAUAACGCGAAUGUGGCCAGAGUGGGUGAAAGGUAUUCAGAGCCUGGCAAAAAAACCAGGGUUUGAUACCCGCCCCAUCAAAAAGGUGAUUGUGCACUUGGGCUUGCUCACUAAACAGACUGGCUUCAAAAUAGCUGAGAUGCAGUUUAAAGGAGGCCCUUUAGGUGAACUGGUUCAGUGGAGUGACCUGAUAGCCACUCUGUACCUGCUGGGACACCAGUUGACCAUCACCAGUGAGGUGGAACAGCUUAGUGGAAUUCUGUCUAAGUUGCCGUCAGCGGGAGCGCCUUGUCAGAAUCGUAAAGACCUGCCCAUUGACCUGAUGUACACAGACAUUGUCGGGCUGCGGCAGUUCCGUAAGAAGGUUCAGGGAGGAUACGCCAAGUUCAGUUGCCUGCUGCGCGUGGUGGAUUCGUUUGGGACAGAACCUGCCUUUAACCACAAAAACUACGCCAAAACUCACAAAAUUUUGAGCGUAUGGGGAGGACAAGAUCUGAAACCUCAACAGUUUUUUACUAUGUUUCCUCACACACCUGACAACUCGUUUAUGGGGUUCGUUGUUGACCGUUAUCUACCUGAUGACAAAAACACCUCUAAAAUUGAACGAAAGAAUCAGGGUCUGGUUUAUGGCAAGCAGGAGUAUAUGUGGCAGGGCCAUGCAAACUACCUGAGCCUGAUCAGGAACCACGUAGAAAUCCACGGCACGGUGUCCAUAGGAGACGAUAACAAGCGUGACGUUGUACCUCCGUUUGUUAUAAACCACGGCAUUAUGGGCGGGGAAGAGCUUCACAGACUGCUGAGACAGACAAAAAUUUUCAUCGGCAUGGGAUUCCCUUACGAAGGCCCUGCCCCUCUCGAGGCCAUAGCCAAUGGUGCUGUGUUUUUAAAUCCAUCCUUCAACCCUCCCCACAAUAGUCAGAAUAAUAAAUUUUUUAAGGGAAAACCAACGCUUAGAUCGGUGUCAAGUCAGCACCCGUAUGCAGAAAGUUUCAUUGGGGAACCUUAUGUGUACACCAUAGAUAUGAAAAAUUCCCAGUUGGUGGAGAAAACAGUGGCGAAAAUUCUGAGCACUUCAAAGUUUGAGUCGUAUCUUCCGUUCGAGUACACCCAAGAAGGAAUGCUGCAGAGGAUGAAUGCUUACCUGGAACAUCAAAAUUUCUGCAUGUUCCAACGACAGCCAACAAAAUGGCCGCCACCCAAUGCAGUCAAGGCUUUUCUCGCUGACGCAGGGAUGUCCUGUAAAGAAUAUUGCUACUCUAAAGAUUUGAUAUGUGAGCCAUCUUAUUUUUUGGUCAUCAACACAAAAGCGGAGUUUGAGUCAAGAGAUGUGAAGUGUUCAUCAGAGACAUAUGAGUCUGACAUUUACCAUCCGUCUGUAGACGUCGGCAAAGUUUGUCGGCUUCAAAAAGACGAAAUGUUGUUUAGUUGUGCUGGAGAAAAAGAGAAUGUAAGGCGGCUGUGUCCUUGCAGGACUUACAUGAAAGGUCAGACAGCUUUGUGUGCCACAUGUACGUGAUGAAGGAAUUCAUAAAAGUUGACAUGAAAUCAAAACAUCAUGAAUUAUUCAUGCCACAUGCUUUUCCAUGAGAAUUUCAUAGAAGAAGGCACAAAUGGAGACAUGAAGUAUUUGUCCCGCAUGGUUUUCCUUGAGAAUUUCGUGUGAAAAGGCAUGAAAAGUGACAUAAAAUCAGAACGUGAUGUAUUUGCUCCAGAUAUUUUUAAAAGAGCUUUGUGUGAGAAGGGAGGAAAUGAGACAUGAAAUCAAAACAUUGGUGCAGCGUGGUUUUCCAAGUUAGCUUUAUGUAAGAGCGCACAAACUGAAACCAUAUCUGGUGAUUGAGGUUUCUCCAUAUGUGUGGAGUCCUCAACGUACUUGGCUUCUUGGAUCUUCAUUUAUCAAAUCACAAAAUUUCAUGCAAUGUUAUCACAGAUACCUGAAGGUUUGGAGCAGUAUUCAAAUGGUUUGGGGAAUACAGACAGCAUGACCUCCUAGUGAUGUGUAUGUUAGAUAUUAUUAAAAAAAAUCAAAGCCUAAAUAUCAUAUACGUGUAAGAGAUAGGAGCCUUUUUGUCCCAACAGAUGGAUCUUCAUACUAGAAGGCAUGAAAUGUGAAUGGUACAUGCAGCACAUGUUCAUGUAUUUUCACUCCCAGAAAACAUGUGCUGAAUGUAUUUUACCCUAAAGCCCAAAAACAGCACAAAACGAAAAGUUAAAUUCAUGACCUUGGGAGUGUGUCAGUGGGAGGUCACAAAGGUUGGAGUAUGUCUGCUGAGUUAAGUUCAUGACCUUAGAAGUGUGUCAGUGGGAGGUCACAAAGGUUGGAGUACGUCUGCUGAAAGAUUCUCAAUAUUUCAGUUGUUAUUCACUAUUAUCAUGAUUCUACCAACCCUCAUUUCCACACACCCACACCUAGAUUUUGCAUUAUCACUCAUAAUUUUGUUUUCUGAAGUUGUGACUUAAUGUUGUUUCUCAAACUUCUUGAAAAAAAAAAAAGGUGCUAUGGUGGUACAUUGUAUGUCCUGCUGUGUUGGAAAUUAACUUUAAUAUUGGAGGAGUGGGAUGCAUACAAUCUAGCCUGAGACUGUUCUAACGUCAGGUUUGGUAAAAUUUUCUUGGCCCGUGGACGGCCCCAAACCGACAUCAGAGUGUGCUCCAUUUAAACAGUUGGGCCGAACAAAAUUGUGUCCAACCUAACGUGAGAGCAGUCUUGGGGGACAUAAAAUCCUAUCCUAAUCUGAUUUGUACAGUAACUGUCAAGUUUCCAUUGCCGUCUGAUUUGUUUGUAAAUGUAAAUUGUGUUGUUAUUAUUAUUGUUGUUGUUGUUCAUUCGCCCCAAAUCAUGAAUAUUUAUAUAAGUAUGUAUAUAUACAAAAUAUCUAUAUCUAUGAGUACCAACACGUGGCAUGAGGUUAUCCGUUAUAAUCAAGAAACAUUCCCAGUAUAAAUCAGUAUCAUAUCUUUAUUCAUCAGACAUAUGAGUUAAAUUCUAGGUCAUUAAAAAAUUUACUUUUACAAAAGAUCUCGCAAGCCACGAGGAUAUACAAGACCUAAAAAUUAUGAUUGAUAGAUAAGUUUAAAAGUUAAAAAAAGAUUACAUAUAUAAAUGUUGAGGUUUUUUGUGUGCGCGUCUUUUUUUUUUCAAAUCAAGUCAAAUUUCAGAGUGAAUGAUCAAGUGAAUAUGUUGUUAUGCACCUAGGUCUUGUAUUGCCAGCAGUUUAAUUUCUAAGAAUAAAUUUUUUUUUUAAGAUAGUGGUAUAGCUCGGAUACGACCUGCAGACCUCUGUUAACAGUACAACUGAACAUUUGUGCAGUGCCAUGAAAUUUUGCACUGUCUCAUGGUAUCUGUGUCCAGCAGAGAGUCCUGUCAUGUAACUGAUUUAUGUAUUGCCUGCCAGAAACUUUGAUUUUGUCUGGCCAACUUGAACAGGCUAUACUGCGAGAGAAAUGAUUUUUUAUCUAUACAAUCUGCAUUGUAGACUCUUUCAUUACAUAUCCUAAAGAACCAAAUUGAGUCUCAAUAUAUCAUUGAUUUUCUUCAGCAAAAAGCUGCUUCAGGGUGUGUGAAUUUGCCACAAACUGGAGAAUCUGUAGCAUUUUAUGUGUAAUUGUAUUAAUUUUUUUUAAUGUUUUUAAAAAUAUGGUCUGUUUGUGGUAAAGUAAAACGUGCUGGCCAUUCUUUACUUGAAGUGAAUGAAACUUCAGUUAAUGUCAAGGAAGCAAUGCAAAGUAUUAACCCAAUUCAAGCUGCUGUGUUCAUAUUUGAAAAAUGUUACCGAAAAAUGGACAUAAUUUCGCUUUGCAUUUAUGUGAUUUUUUAUCUUUAUUUUUCUUCUUUAAUGUUGAAAUAGUUUUAGCAUUAUUUUGUCACUUUAUACAUCUAUGAAUAAGUAGAAUUGAAGGAGAACUUUAGCACACUCAGAUUAACUAGGAAGUGUUAAUCAAGUAACGUUAGGCAUGUAUUUUACGCUUUUGCCAUCGCCACAUUUCUCGUUUUUAUGUUACACCUAUGUCAUUUUAAUGCAUUUUUGCCUGCAGAAAAAAAAGAUUUUAAUAGCUGUUUGGAGAUAUUUUUAGACCUGUCUGGUACAUUGUCUUAUUUAUUGUUAACAGAAGUGUAUUAAAAAACUUGACUUUAAGUCUUGACUUAUCCUGAUUAUGUGACAGAAGUGUGUGGAAGUUUAGCCUGCUGUCUUGACCUUUCAUAAUACCUUUAUGCCUGUAAUGAUUGUGGACUGUCGGUGGGGGUGGGGGAGGGGGGGAUUCAGCCUCUCAUUAUUAUGUUAUAGAAUGUUUAUUUAACACAAAUAUUAUGUUAAAUUUAUGAUCUUGAACGAAUACCCCACCACCAACUUCUUGUUAUAACAGGGUUUCCCUUGGGCUGUGCUCGGUUUCCAUCCACAAAAGCACUGGCCAUCUUCAUAUAACUGAAGUAUUCUCGAGUUCAGUGUAAGACACAAAUCAAAUAAGUAAAUAUGUUGCAAAGUGUGCACAAGCUUAGUUUGCAGUUGUGACGUUUGGUAAUCAUAGAAUGUCCUACUCCAUCUCAUGAUUAUGUUACCUGUCUCAUGAUUAAGUGUGCAAAGGUUAGUAUACAGUCGCAACCUUUCAUAAUCCUUCCAUCUUCUCAUAAUUAUGUUACAGAAGUGUGCAAACAAUAGUCAACAGUUGUGAUCAUUUAUGAAGGCAUAAUUAGCUUACAGAAGUGUGCAGGAAGUUAGUCUGCAGCUGUGAUCAUUUAUUAUCUUAGAAUGAUGACAUAAUUAUGUAACAGAAGUGUGCAGAAAGUUAAGUCUGCAUCUCUGAUCAUUUAUGAUCUUGAAAUGUUCACUUGUGUUACAGAAGUGUGCAGAAUGUUAGCCUCCAUUUGUGAUCAUUUAUGAUCCUAGAAUCGUACAACCCAGCCUACAGCCUCUGUUUCUUUGUUCCAUGUUACACACUGCUAAAGUCUUAGAAAGCCUGUGUAAUUAUGACUUUGUAAAUGGUCACAUGUGCAAGUUACGCUUGUCUUGGGAGCCAUUUUUAGGUCGCAAUUAUGAAGUAAGGUUUUUUGUUCGGGUCAGCUGUUAAUGUUUUUGUCAUAACCCUUGUUAAUAUCUGUUGUGUGAAUUUGUCAGAGAAAGUGUAAUGAAAAGGAGACUUUGAUCUGUGUUUUGUAGCCAACUGAUUUAUGACUGUGGCCAUUUAUCUGUAUUUGAUUGGUGGGGUUAUUCAGACUACAAAGUUCAAAAUUUACAAUACAAUAAAUCAAAGAACCGGCAAACAUUACAUUAAAAUGAUAACAAUAUGAAAUCUUUUCUUGUUUUUCUUCCAUGUAUACAUAGGAAUGACAUGAAAAUAUCAGAUAUAGUCUAUGUUGAUAUAGCAGAUUAUGUCAGUCCUGUUAUAAAAAAUUUGGACCUAAAAAGAUGUCACACU